GUAAAUAGCUGCCCUACUCUGUCUUCUUGUAUGAACACCUGGGACUAUCUAAGGAGAAGAUAUUCCAAAUGGUGAUGUGGGGAACUGGCGGCAUCCAGCGAUCAAAUAGUGUUCCAUUGCUCCAGAAUUCCUGGAAGAUCUUUAACACAUGUUUGGGUACAAAUGUCGCUCCCACUGUGUGUAUUUACUUUGUGGGGAAAUUUGUUUCCAGGACAAGGCUUUGUUUAACCAGUGUGCUGCUGCAGUUCUCAAACACUGAUGACCACCUUGGCAAAGAAGGGCACUUUCAACACUCAAUGCCACCCUCCCCUGCUCCAGCAAAUACAUCUGUUAAGAAAAGAAAUGCUAUCAGCAGAGCAACAGGUGGCAUAUUGCAGCCAAUCAUGAAAAGUUAUAAUAAGACAGAGGUGUGCCUGUGAAAGAGAGAGGAGAAAAAAAAAUGAAGAAAGAAGGGGAUUAAGCUAAAGUCAAAUCCAAUGGCAAGCAUUUUUUCCACAACUGCACUUACAUGGUACUGAAAUAAAGGCCUGGUGACUGCAGUUCUGGAGCAGGGUGCAGCACUGGAGUAGGGUACUGCCCUGGAAAUGCAUUCGCCUAUUGUACUCCUCUCUGUUUGCUUAGAAGGAAUUCAGAAGGGCUUUGCUUUCUCUUGUUUCACAAGCCCCACAUUUUUACACUGACCAAAGUGGAUAUGCACCAGCUGGCUGUGUCCAUCAUCGCCACCGGGUGGGAGAAUUCCUGAUUAUACUUAGAUCCUGCAGACCCGGCUCUGUCAUUAACAGAGAAGCUCUGCUCCAGCACCGCUGUCUGAAAUGCAACCGACAGGGAGCUCUGCACGCCUCGCCUGAAGGAGCUGGAUGCCUUCUGGAUCAAAUAUGAAAGUCGUGCUGAAGGUGCCCGUGGUGCUCGUCCUCACCCUGGUAGCCCUCAGCUUGGCUGAGACGCUCCUGAAAGCUCCCUUGAUCAGCACUCCUCUGGAAACUGUAGAUGCACUGGUAGAGGAUGUCACCAAGUUUGUCUGCGUAGUGGAGUCAUACCCUGAGCCAGAGAUCACAUGGACACGCAACAACAUUCCUAUCAGGCUGUUUGACACUCGCUACAGCAUACAGAGGAACGGGCAGCUCCUGACCAUUUUGAGUGUGGAGGACAGUGAUGACGGGGUGUACUGCUGCACGGCAGAUAACGGGGUUGGAGCGGCUGCGCAGAGCUGUGGGGCUCUCCAAGUGAAAAUGCGGCCCAAAAUAACACGACCUCCUAUAAAUGUGGAAAUAAUAGAAGGGUUAAAGGCUGUUCUUCCAUGCACUACAAUGGGCAAUCCAAAACCUUCUGUUUCGUGGAUCAAAGGAGAAACAAUUGUAAAGGAGAACGCUCGCAUUGCUGUUCUUGAUUCUGGGAAUUUAAGGAUCCACAACGUUCAGAGAGAAGAUGCAGGACAAUACCGAUGUGUAGCUAAGAACAGCCUGGGUACAGCUUAUUCAAAACCUGCAAUGGUGGUAGUGGAAGUUUUUGCCAGAAUCCUGAAGGCUCCCGAAUCCCAAAAUAUUACUUUUGGGUCUGUGGUGACAUUGCGCUGCACAGCAACUGGUCUUCCAGUCCCCACCAUCACUUGGCUGGAAAAUGGGAAAGCUGUUUCUGCAGGGUCUGUAGCAGAAAGUGUCAAGGACAGAGUGGUUGACUCCAGACUGCAGGUGUAUGUCACCCGACCUGGCCUGUUCACUUGCCUCGCCACAAACAAGCACAGCAAAACUUUUGGAGCUGCAAAAGCUGCAGCGACCAUCAGCAUUUCAGAAUGGAGCAAGCUGUACAAGGGUGAUGCAGGCUACUGCAGCACGUACAGAGGUGAGGUGUGUAGUGCUAUCUUGGCGAAGAAUGCUCUUGUUUUCUUCAACUCCUCCUAUGCUGACCCAGAGGAGACCCAAGAGCUGCUUGUGCACACUGCCUGGACUGAACUGAAAAUGGUGAGUUCAUUCUGCCAACCAGCCGCUGAGUCUCUGCUGUGUAACUACAUCUUCCAGGAGUGCAAUCCCUCAGGAGCUGGGCCAGCUCCAAAACCAGUGUGCAGAGAGAAUUGCCUUGCUGUAAAGGAUCUCUACUGCUUUAAGGAAUGGCUCUCAAUGGAGGAAAACUCCCAGAAGGGGAUUUACAAACCAGGGUUGAUGCUGCUUACUCUUCCUGAAUGCAACAGGCUGCCCAGCCUGCAUGAGGACCCCAGCACCUGCACUCGUAUCCCUUUCUUCGAUUUUAAGAAAGAGAAUAUAACCAGGACUUGCUACAGUGGCAAUGGGCAGUUUUACCAGGGCUGGGCCAAUACCACUGUCUCCGGCAUUCCUUGCCAGAAGUGGAGCGACCAGGCUCCCCAUCUGCACAGGAGGACUCCUCAGGUUUUCCCUGAGCUGUCUCAUGCUGAGAAUUACUGCCGUAAUCCAGGAGGUGAGAAUGAACGUCCCUGGUGCUACACAAAAGACCCAUCUGUGACCUGGGAAUACUGCAGUGUGUCUCCCUGUGGAGAUGCGUCAGUAUCACUAGGAACAAGAAAACCAAAUGGAGAGACUCCAAAUCUCCCCCCUCCUCCUCCGUUUUCCCCUACGUAUUCCAUGACUGUUAUCAUCUCCAUCAUCUCCAGCUUUGCCCUGGCUGUGAUCCUUAGUAUUGUCACCCUGGUUUGCUGCCGUCAGCGAAAGCAGUGGAAAAACAAAAAAAGAGAGUCAGAGACACCGACGCUCACCACUCUGCCCUCUGAACUCCUCCUGGACCGACUACACCCCAACCCAAUGUACCAGCGGAUGCCCCUUCUCCUCAAUCCGAAAUUGCUCAGCCUGGAGUAUCCAAGGAACAAUAUUGAAUACGUGAGAGAUAUUGGGGAAGGAGCGUUUGGGAGGGUCUUCCAAGCAAGGGCCCCAGGGCUGCUGCCCUAUGAGCCUUUCACAAUGGUGGCAGUGAAAAUGCUGAAGGAGGAAGCAUCCGCAGACAUGCAGGCUGACUUUCAGAGGGAGGCAGCCCUCAUGGCAGAGUUCGACAAUCCAAAUAUCGUCAAGCUUUUAGGUGUGUGUGCUGUUGGGAAACCGAUGUGCCUACUGUUUGAGUACAUGGCCUACGGGGAUCUCAAUGAGUACCUGCGUGACCGCUCGCCCCGUAACCUUUGUAGCCUGGUGCACAGUAGCUUGGACACACGGAUCCGUCUCCCCAAUCCCCUAGCACUGUGUUGCACCAGCCAGCUCUGCAUUGCCAAGCAGGUAGCUGCUGGCAUGGCAUACCUUUCUGAGCGCAAGUUUGUCCAUCGGGAUUUGGCUACUAGGAACUGCCUGGUGGGAGAGAACAUGGUGGUCAAAAUUGCUGAUUUUGGUCUCUCGAGGAACAUGUAUUCUGCUGACUAUUACAAAGCCAAUGAGAAUGAUGCCAUUCCCAUCCGCUGGAUGCCCCCUGAGUCCAUUUUCUACAACCGCUAUACCACGGAGUCUGACGUGUGGGCCUAUGGGGUGGUGCUAUGGGAGAUCUUCUCCUAUGGCAUGCAGCCCUACUAUGGAAUGGCUCACGAAGAAGUCAUCUACUAUGUGAGGGAUGGGAAUGUCCUCUCCUGCCCUGACAACUGUCCCCUGGAGCUCUACAACCUGAUGCGCCUCUGCUGGAGCAAGCUGCCUGCCGACCGGCCAAGCUUUGCCAGCAUCCACCGUAUCCUGGAGCGUAUGUAUGAGAGGGCUGUGGCUACCCCAUCAGUCUGAGAGAUUUGCCCAGGGGGGAUGCCUUAUAUCCACCAGUCCAGACUGACUCGGACCUGCCAAUGGGCUUCUUCUGAGCAGUGGCUUCAUGCACAGCACCGGUUUAUGUGGAGGAGAAAGAAUUUGUUCCUCAGCCAAGCAAGAAGUGUGGACUACACCCGUAUAGUGGGCUAUACCUCCCUGAGUGGGACUAUACCUCCCAAAUGUCAGGGCUGACCCCUGGCCACCAAGUCUGGAUUUCUUGGGUUGGCAAGGGUUCUGGCUGUGCUAACUCGAUCCCUAUACUAGGCAUUUUCAGGAGCAUGAAGUUCCCCAGGGAAAACAAACCAACAUUUUGCUGGCGGCACUUCCCUUCCUAACAGGUCCCUUCACACCUUUCUACACUUAUGCUCUUGGCUUUUAUCUUUUUCUUCACUUCCUCAUGUUUUCAACUAUUAUUUAAAAAAAAAAAGAUUGCAGAAUUCAAUCUUCUUGGGGAUACUUUUUACUAUUUUAUUUUUGUGUACUCAUGGACUUUUGUAGAAAAAGGAUGCUUCUUACGCCAUAAACCAGUUUGGUUUUCGUUCAAGCUUCCACUUCCUCUUUGACACUCAUGAAGCUAUCGUGGACUGGAUUAAAAGAGGAGAUUGCACGUCCAUCAGCAGCCACCCGCAUCUCAUGUCAUACAGACAGGCAAAAUCCUGUCUAGAAUGGAGGCUUACAUUUUCUGCAAUGGAGCCUUACAAAUAGGAAAUCCACAGUGAGGUUCAUUUGAUGUUUGUUGAACUCUCAGCCCAAAGCUUGCCUCAAGAAUUGCACCCCAUAUUUCCUGCCUUCCUCUGCGACAAAGAGAUUUGGUGCUAAGAGAGAAAUUCAGCCCAAAGGCCUGGUCCUGCACCUGGUAGGUCUCCAAGGUGUACUUAUUUGCCUCUGCCUGCAGUACUGUCCUCACUGUGCUGAGAGCAGGAAGAAAUGCAGCCCUUUUGCAGAAAUGCUGCAGGUUUUGUUACUUAUUUCUCUCUAUUUGUAUUCCUGUCAUUGCCUCCUGUUUCUGGUUUUCCUUUCCUGACAGCAGCUCCUAACCCCGAUUACUCCUCCCACUGCCACAUUUCCUGUCCAUCCGUCCUUGUGCUGCAGUUUACAGGCACAGAAGUGAGGAAGGUGGAUGCCUGCCAUCAGUGGGCCUUCAGACAUAACCUGCCAACUAGGAGAGGUGGAAAAAAGGGGAGUUCAUGCUCCAUUUGAAGUGUUGCAGGCUGUACAUCUGCAGGGUGAAAAUGAGACUGCCUCACCUAUACAUAGUCCACAGCCAACCUCCAAACACCAAAUGCUGUUUUCUUGCUAAAAGUUCUCCAAAUUGUAGUGGAUACUUCAGUGCCAGGGAAACUUGAGUUCCUCUGAGGACAGGUUUUACCUCUUAGUUUCCUGCAUGGUGAGGUGCAGUUGUCCCAGAGGCUCAUCACUGAUAGGAAAUAUAACUGGAGGCAGGGAUGUGCGUUAUCGCUGCAGAGCAGGAGCACUGGUGAGUGAAAGAUCUGUGUGGCUUCCGUAACUGGAAUGCGCUGGCUGGGUCUAUCCAAGAAACAGCGAUGCAUAGCAGUGAUCUGUAGGGCUACCAGGAGUAGCCUUGGUUUCCAAAAGGUAAGCUUGAAAAGUUCUGCCAGCCAUAAUGAAGAAAAGAACUAGAAAGCAGGUACCUUCCUCUGCUGUUUUCCUUUAAUGUGAGCUAAUCUCUGCUGCACCAGAACCUUGUCUUCUUUUUUUAAAACAACCAUAGUUGAUUCUCAUUGUUGCCACAAGAAUAUAGUUUAAUGUUUUCAGACCACUGAUGUCAAUUUCACUUGAGACAAAGAACUUGCUGCUACCCAAGACAGCGGAAGGAAAGAGGAGGGUCUGCUUGGCCUUCAAAACAUUGAUAUGCCAAGAUGCUUGGCUAUCCGCACAGCGAGCACAAAAUGACCAGUGCUGUCUAAUCAUUGAGCAGCCUUGCCAUCAUGCUGCUAUGACACAACAGUUUACUGAGGAUGCUAACCCCUAUGCCCUGUGCCAAGAACCCCAAAAUGCUCAGUUUGAAUAAUAUAAUUACUGGACAUCCUUAUAUAGCUCCUGUUACUGCUUUAUGACCACCUCGCUGUGCUCAGCAUUAAAUUCUGUUAGAUUUUGUCAGCUACCUGGCUGUUCAUUCCAUUCUGUGGAGAAUGGAUGGGAGUUGAGCUACAUCCUCAGCUGAGUGGAGGUGCCUGCAGCCUCCUCCAAACUGAGCCCCGGUGCACAGCACAGCAGCUGCCCCAUCUCUGUAAAAAUAGUCAAAUUCAAGAGUCUUGCAGUGUUCAGGGCAGCAGGCAAUUUGUCACUAUCUUUAGAGAGGGCAGGCUCAGCCCACGUACGUGGGUAGCAGUGCAAGUCUAGGUAUUCAACGCCUCCUUCUAAUCAGGGAAUUAUCUUACACCAAGCAAAGGGCGUAAGAACAGGUUGAAAAAGAUGCAUAUUUUGCUAGAGUGAACAAACACACCCACUUACAGUCCAAAGGACAGUCUGCCUUUCUGCCUUCCAGGAUGUCAAUGCUGGCUUCAGUAACCUGCUCUCUAUUUCCUCCAACAAUACUAUUUUAAAAACAUGAUUGUGGUUUUCUUCGUGUUUCACUGUGGGAUGAAAUUAGAUGCCUGUAAUGUCAUGUCCUAUGAAAUUUCCCUCACUUUCUUUGCAAAAGAGGGACUCCCAAAAAAUUCCAGAGAGUACACUUUUCAUUGCACUCUCCUAGCCCAACUCCUUCUUUCAGUAACUCCAUGUUCAAGUCAAUGUAGGCCUGCAGUUACAAAAGAACAGAAAUUUCCUGUCCUUGUCCAGCAUUCCAGCCUUUGCAAUAUAAGCAUGCAUUGAAAUGUAUGGUAGUGAGUGACUGCAGGUGGGGCUGGAAAAGGCUUCCAGUGCAAUAAGAGGAAAGAGAUCAUUUCAAGAUCAGCUCACAGAGAAGCUCUUUGCAGCAUGCUCUCCAAAGAUGAUUAUUGCUUCUGCAUCAUGAUCCCACAGAAUUUUACCCUGAGAGCUUUCUCCUAUUGUACACUUUACAGCUUGCUAAAAGCUGGAAGUUUAAUCGCUUUCACAAUUUGCCUUCUUUCACAGGUUUAUUUUCCCUUUGUUUGAGACUUCUGCUUACUUCAAUAUAUGUUAUGCAGUCUACUACUUCAGAGACUUCUAGAUUUUUCCGUAUAACUGUCAUGUAACUUAAAUUGUUUUGAAUGAGGGUAAAAAGGGUUGUGAAUGAGUAGACGAGAAAAGGAAAAUUUGUUUCUUAGGAAGUGUUUGGAAAUAAAAAUAUGUUGCUAUCUCUAGUUUGGAUUUAUAACCCACGCAGUGAAAUAAGAUGAGCCAAACCCAGUAUUUUGGUUGCCAUUCAACCUGAUGGCAAAGGAAACUGUGCAGUCAGUGGCAUUGAAUGGGAACCCUGAAAAGGUGAUCUGCAGGAUGUUUAAUGUACCCAUUGCCGCUGUGAGUGCCCCGCCUAGAGUUUGCGGCGCAUACACAGCUUUAUCCUAGAUGACAUAUUGUGAAAUCUGAGCCUGUCAUUCUGUUUAAGAGUUGUAUUUCUUGUGAUUCUGUUUAAGAGUUGCAUUUUAAAUGCAUGUAAAAAUCAUAAGCUCUAUAAUUGGUUUGACACUGCCUGCAACAUGAUUAAAUCUGAUUUUAGAGUAAUUGCAUCUCAGACAUGUUGUGGACUAAACUCCACCGUCUGGUAUUAUUUCUCCAAGGGUGCGUAAUAAUUAUUAUUCUGUAAUUGUUACACAUUUCAUAAAUGAUGGCUUUGAAAGGCAUCCCAAGCACAGAUGUACAUUUCUAAUUAUCCCAAUCUGUGUAACUUGUGUGCAAUGUUUUAUAAAAUAAAGAGAUAUAAGAAAAGGAUAAUACUAAUUCUGAUGUCUCCAUUCUCUUCCUGCUCCUGCACUGGAUAUUUUUUUUCUGGAAAUGGAUAAAUUUAUUUUUAUUAAAUUAGCUUUCUGACAGAUUCAAUACCACAGUUGUUACUCUGUAGACUCUGCAGUUUAAAGUUAGCCUGUUGUGUGUGUUCAAAGGCUUGUUGUUUUGACAUUUAAAUGGAUGUUACAGGAACACAUUAAGAGAAUAUACAUUGAAGGAGACACAUCAAAUUAGCCAGUCAGAUUGCUCUGGAGAAGGCCAUUUUUCAGGACAGCCUCCAGGUCAGAAUGGGAGUGUCUGAGCCCUCAGCAUGAGGGGCAUUGUCUUGACAAUAAUGAUGCAAGGAGAAGAGAAAGGGAGAUGUUUUUACAGCAGCAUGGUUUGCUGUCUCUUGACCACUUUCCCAAUGUGAAAGAUAUCUCAUAUAGAUUGGAAUGACAUCUGCCUCCCUCCUGAUUUCUCCUGCCAUUUGUAUCUGGAUUCUGGUUUCACACAUAGACUUGUUGGGAAUUAAAGCACGGUAUAAAAUCAAAAGGAAAUUGGGUUUGCUCUUUGUAGAAUGCAGUUGUGAAAAAUCUGUCACUGACGGAUUUAUCUAAAAAAGUUGUAACCUCUUUUUCUGCUCAUGAUUCUUGAACUCCUUCAGUAAUUCUACAGGAAUUUUAACUGUUUUAAAAUUCAUUACAAAUAUUUGAAAAUCAGGACCUGGAAGUAAAACUUUCUGAGUACAAUUAGCCAGGCAAACCACAAAAUGCAUAAUUUAAUUUUUUUCCCCCAAUACAAUAUAAUGUACUUUCUGCAAAUAGUCUUGCUUGAAAAUAAAAAGAAAAAAAAUUUGUUUGUAAAUAUUGUCCUCACUGAGAAAGUCAGUAAUGAACUAUGGUUACAUUUUUAUCCUUUCAGUAGGGGUGUACUAUAUUAAAUGCAUUGGCUCUUACAUGUCUGUUUUUUUCAGGGUGCAAGGAGAAAUUGGACCCUAAUUUCCGACCACAAAACAAAAUGAUCUUGAAGUGUGUAAUGGAUUAUUUAAUUUAUUAUUUAAUUUUUCUUGGCUUUUAUUUGUAUUCUCAUGAAUGCAUACACCUGUGUUCAUGUGUAUGGGAACGAGCAAGGUGAGGAAUCACACUUUGUGCAGAUGGAGAAAAAGGUUUCCGUCAGCCCUCAGUGCAAAUUUCUCACUGUAUCUUUCAAUACCUUCAUCCAUUUCCAUUCUGUUUAAAACUUUUCCUCUUCAGCUGGACAUAAUGACAUCUUUCUUUCUCAAAGGAAACUUGAGGUCCUAAGAGGCCUUUGCAAAGUCUCUGACAUUACGGUAAUGUGGGAGCUGCUUCCCCUCUCCGAGCUGGUGUGGAACUCAGCGAAACUGCUUUGCAUAGUUCAUAAAGAAAUUGGAAGCUGCCAGUGGUUCUCAAAGGCAGGACUAUCAUACUUCUCUUACUAUGAAGAAGGAAUAAAAAAAAAAGAAUCCUUUAAAUUCACCAACUCAAACAAAGACACAGAACCUGCCAUAAAAACAUUGUGGAUGCUUCUCAAGUUUCUCAACCUUAGGAGAGAAUAUACAGAAUCAUUCACUGGAAAGUUGUUAGAAACUCACUUUUUCAUAUAGCCUCGCUCUAUGUACCCCAGAGGCAACUUUCCAUACUGGUGGUGCAGUGGUCUUCUGUAACUGUGAAAAGAGUAAGAUCUGAGGAGUUUGAAGCUGCCUGAAAGCCAGUACUUACAAUUUUCUUCAAGACAGGAGGUGGCAGCCCAAAGUGAAGAUCACACAUUAUAUCACUGGCGUAUUUCUGUGCUAAUGUCUUCUAGUGUCCUGCAAAUUUAGGAUUAAGUAAAUAAGAGUUUCAUCAGCAACUGAGAGAUAGGAUGUUUUACGGAAGAUUUGGACUAAUAUGCCAUAAAUAAAUAAACAACAUUUAUAAAGAUAUAUUUCUUUCUAUCUGCUAAGAUUCUUGAAAUCUCAUACCAUUUAUAGGACACUGUGUUUACUUUGACUCUGAGAUAACUACCCUAUACCUUUCUACUGGGUGUGAGUGAACACGCUGAGGCUGUUGUAUGUUUAUCUGCCCUCCCCCAUGGUUCUUACGUAAAAGAGAUGUUACAGAUCAGGCAUUUAUAUAGGCUAGCAAACUUUUAUGUAGGCAAACAACCUAACGGAAGAGAGGAUCUGUGCAGAAGGGAGGAAUGCCCGAUGAAUGAAAGUCAUUCACUCUCUGUGAUGGUGAGCUCAUGCUGUGCUAAAUUAAACUUCUCAUUUAAAGUGGUGCUGACUUCACAGCAGUGACACUGGAGAACAGGCAGGCUUUGGUUACAAUAAAGAUGGAGAGCUUCUCAUGGCUGGCUGGGAGCAGGCACACUGAGACAGGAUCUGAGCAUGGAAAGAGCAGCAGUGAAUGGGUGCUCCUUCAUUCUUCACUGGAGAAGCAUGUCAUUUUCCCCAGGGAUGCCAUACCAGGCAUGUUUGCUCCUGUGCUGGAUUCUCCUAGAUUUAGCUGGGAUUUGCUCCCCGUGCCUUUUCUAUCACUCA